CCUCAAGUUUGAAUAGCAUAGCAGCCGGCUACUGCUAAUGGCAUUUUCAGUACUGCCAUUUCAGCCCUCCUUUUGCUCUUCCCCGUUGGCGCAGCGAAGAACAUUUAAAAAUCCUUCUUUUCACCAGCUCGAUGUCUCUACUUGUAAAUCCCUCAACAGUCAUUUCUUCACCAGAAAAGAUGGUAAUUAUUCAAUAAUUGUAAAAUCUACUUUGAGUUCCCCUAUAGUGUCUCCGGAGGACCACUGGGGUACAUGGAUGUCUCUUUUCACAAUUGGCGCUUUUGGUCUGUGGUCAGAGAAGACUAAAAUUGGGAGUAUGGUUAGUGCUGCACUGGUUAGCACAUUGGUGGGGCUGACUGCAAGUAAUAUGGGGAUUAUUCCGUAUGAAGCGCCAGCAUAUUCAGCUGUAUAUAAGUACCUGCUUCCAUUGACAAUCCCACUAUUGUUGUUCAGAGCAAAUUUGCGCCACGUGAUACGCUCUACCGGUCCUCUACUUUUGGCUUUCUUUCUCGGAUCAGCCGGGACGGUUAUUGGGACUGUAGUGGCAUAUCUGAUGGUGCCUAUGAGAUCUCUUGGUCAAGAUAAUUGGAAAAUAGCUGCUGCCCUAAUGGGCAGUUACAUCGGUGGAACGAUUAAUUAUGUUGCUAUCUGUGAGGCACUUGGCGUGUCUCCAUCAGUUAUGGCUGCAGGUGUUGCUGCAGAUAAUGUAAUUUGUGCAAUAUAUUUUAUUGCACUGUUUUCAUUGGCCUCCAAAAUACCUUCAGACGCUUCAGCAUCAAGUGGUG